ACCAGGCGUUUGCCAAUUCCUGAACCACAAUGGUUUUUGGACCGCCUUUGGCAGAUUGGCUGCUUCCGAUGCAGAGACCUCAAUGCCUCGUGUCAACUCGGUUCCAGCGUGGACCCUACCAAGGCUGACUUGCAACAUGUCUUUUGUUUCAAGCAUGGCCCUUGGCGGCUUCACUUUUCCUUCUGCAGAGACGCAGAGACCUCUGAAGGCCCUGGCGACUUCACUUUUCCUUUUGCAGAGACGCUGAGGCGCAGAGACCUCUUAAGGCCCUGGCGAAUUCAACUUUCCUUUUGCAGAGACGCGCAGACCUCUUAA